AUGCAAAGUGCAGCGACAAACGGCGCCUGCUCCCUGUGUUUGGGACGAAACAUCUCUAAAGGAGCCGCUGAGAAGCAAAAAGAAGACUCUUGCUUCUCACCUCCACCACCCGAGACUUUGCUCUCUGGGUACCUAAAUUUUUCAAUUUAUUGCACGAUUGUCAUCCAUUUGUCAUCAUAUAUCUCGAGAUUAAUGACCCUAGUAAUGGCUGAUGAAAGUAUGUCAUCUCUUGGAAGAGAACAUUGUCCCAAGGGGAGUACAUUGCUCCCAAUAAUUACAUCAGUAGCUUCUUUAAUCGGCUGCUUUUACGUUGUGGGCACAUAUUGGCGGGUAUUGGCACUACGACAGCAUCCUGCGGGAAUUAUGUUUGGUAUGAGUAUGUAUGGCGCAAUUUAUCAAUUCUUAUAUUUGAUAGAUCAAACGUCUAGCUCCGUAAAGUGUACCGAUAUGAGUAUCAUUGUCGACUUCUUUCUCACUGGUCAAGAGACAUAUAUGCUCAUAUUUGCAAUCGAUCUUCUUCUGGCUCUGAAAAAUCCAUUUUCAGCUUCAAAAGGUCAAAUGACUAAAUAUCACAUUUAUGGUGGACUCUGGAGUAUCAUUUGUGCCGUCAUAUCACAUUUCGACACACAGUACGCGCUCUUUAGCUUCUGUUGGCUAAAUUCUAAUGGACAAAGCGCUUUGAGCUCGAGCUCCUCUCAUUUUCUGGAUAAAGAUAGCUCGAAGAACGCUUUAACGGCUGGGAUUUUUUUCGCCCUGUACAUUAUUGUUGUGUAUUGCACGUCACUCAUUGCAAUUAUUCGCACGUGGAAUACUUUUGUAAAGGGCCUUCCUGACACAUUUCGAACACGAAAACGUAUUCAGCGUCAUUUGAAGUACUAUGUGGGCUGUUAUUUUGGAUAUUGGACAUUAGUAUUAGCGUGUUAUGCGGUUUUUACUUUGUUACCUCAUUCGAACUUGGACAGCAAUGGCGGUAUGAAGUGUCGAGUAUGGCAUCUAUUAUCUUGUCUAUUGCUUGCAAAAGGAAUGGUACAUGCUCUUAUUUGGACCAGAACGUCUAACAUUCUUCGCAUCCUAGAGCACUUUCGUAAAAACGGAACAGUUGAUCUGCCUAUGCAAGAUGGAAAUUGGGAUGACAAUAUCAAUUGGGCACUUCGACAUGAAAUUCUCACAAACACUACAAAAGGAAUUUGUCAAAGUGUUGAUCGCGCUGAACGUCAAGCACGCGCGUCUGCGGACUCAUCGUUACGAUCAAUUUCACUCUCCGACGCCUCGUUGGAAGAAGAAAAAAUAAAUAUAUGUUCAACUCAAGACGAUUAUUGUGACCGAAAAGAGAGUUAUACACAAAUUGAAGAACUAAUUCUCGAGAAUCGCAAUGACAAUCGCUCAAUCGGUCCACGAACGGAUGGCGUUGUAUUCAAAGAUUUUGCACCUCAUGUCUUUCGACGUCUUCGCGAAGAAGCUAAAGUUUCGAGUGCAAGCUACCGAAACUCAUUGCAACAGACAACAAAAGAACAAGUGAGUGAAGGGAAAAGUGGUGCAUUUUUCUACUUUACUCAAGAUCGCAAAUACGUGGUAAAAACGCUUUCAAAAGAAGAACUCAAGUUUUUUCUCGGAAUUUUGCCUGCAUAUUAUACUUUUAUGAAACAAAAUCCGAACACCUUUAUCACGCGCUUUUUUGGAUGUCAUGGUCUCACGAUGUAUGGCAAGACGGUCUUUUUUGUUGUCAUGCAGAGCGUUUUUGCCACAUCACAGCAAAUUCACGAGCGUUUUGACUUAAAAGGCUCAUGGGUUGGUCGAUUAGAAGGUCGAAAACCAACCGGAACAAUUGCUACGUGUAAAUUUUGUAAUGCUGAGUAUACAGUCGGAGGUAGCCAUGACCAGCGUUGCAAUGUUCGUAGAGAAGGCAACAUGAAUCACCAAUAUGAUCAAGUAGGAAAAGAUCUAAAUUGGAAUCGUCACAUGGCUUUGCCGUAUGCCACAGCACGUUCCGUUGCCAUUCAAUUGACAGCUGAUUCCGAAUUUCUUUGUCGUAUUAAUUGUAUUGACUAUAGUCUGCUCGUUGGCAUUCAUCAUCGGAGUUUUAAUGUAUCGCACUAUUCUUCCGCUGAUUGCUUCGAGUCUCCACGAUUUGACAGUUUUGGUAGCAUGAGCAGUCGAUUUCGUGUUUCUACACGCAGUGGGCGGAGUCAAAGCAGUGAAUUUUACAGUUCUAGCACAAAUUCUAGUUUUAUCCGUAAUCGUAGUAGCAGUGGAGGAAACCGAGUCGAUAGAGGCCCCGGUAUGGAAUUGAAGGAUCUUCAAAAGCCAGUGCACCAAGGUGCGCAUCGAGGUAUGAGUGUCGACGAAGUGCAUGGUCCUGGAUUGUACUAUCUUGGCCUCAUUGAUAUGCUCCAGCAAUGGAACUUUCGCAAACGCGUUGAACAUUUUAUUCGCGUUUACAUUUUGAUGCAAGAUCGACAUGGUAUUUCUGUUGUUAAUCCGCGUCAGUAUGCAGAUCGAUUCCAAGAACGUGUGGUAAAGGAGCUCAUAUACGAUGCUGCUGCUUUGCAAAUGCGUGAUCCUCGUGAUAGUGUAUCCUUAACACAACUUCAGCUUCAAAAUCAACGAAAUGCUCAAUUAGUCGAAUCGAGUCGAACAUUAAGCACUAUGUUAGCGUCUCUGGAUGGAAGCGCAGUGACUCUUUCCAGUCAACCUUCUGCACCUAUUGAAUCGAUCACAAAUUCGAUUAUGUCACCAAAUAUACGCAUUCGGUCACGAACCGAUUCUCCCUCACUACCCACUACAACAGGCGCUUGUGCUUAUUCUGGACGUUCAUGCGAAAAUUUAAACCAUAACGGAGUUGGACGACUAUCUGGUGGCUUAAUGAUGGCAUAUCCAGCCACACUUCCAAUGAUAUAUUCAACUGCAAAUGAAAAUGUCCCAUUUCACCGACAUCGAAGUUUGGCUCCACUCACUCCGUCACCACGUUCUUCGUCCGAUUUCUCAGGUAACCAACGCGCAAUCAACAUCGGGUAUACAUCCAGCUCCGAUACAGACGCUAGUAGUCACAACAAAAACGAUAAAAAUUGUCAUAGCAGCAAUCGACUUGGUCAACUUGGACAUUUAGAUUUAACUAGUCCCCGCGAUUACCGAUUCGUGUGUACCCCAACUUUUCCGGAGAGAGGAACAGCAAGUGCUGCCACAUUUUCAGCUUAG